UGUCUGUGACCAACUUGGGCGGUUUUGCCUUUUCCCGAAAAAUUUCAAAGAACGCCAAAAGGGCACCUUCUCAAUUUGGUGAGGCAGCAACGCGCUUGAACAGUGACCGGGCCUUUUGCAUUCAUCUACGACUUCCCAGCGUUCUUGUUCUUGUCAAUUGCACAUACCGUUGCUGGUAUUCGGGGAUCCUCGCAUAACGUUCCAUUUCAACGUUCAGUGAAAUAUCAUGCGCGAUCUUCUCGUCAUCAGCACGUUACUCAAAGUAGCUCUAAUACCAUCGUACCGAUCCACGGAUUUUGAAGUGCAUCGUAAUUGGCUGGCCAUUACGCACAGUCUUCCUUUAUCUCAAUGGUACACCGAAAAAACGUCAGAAUGGACUCUCGAUUAUCCGCCUUUUUUUGCAUGGUUUGAAAAGGUGCUGAGCUUUUUCGGUGCCAUGGUUGAUCCCGCCAUGGUGGUAGUACAGAAUUUGAAUUAUCAGAGCCAGGCCACCGUCAUAUUCCAGCGUCUAAGUGUCAUCGCGAGCGAGCUAAUACUGUAUUGGGCGCUUGUAAGAUAUGUUCGUGCGUUUGGAUCGAAACAAGUUCACUGGAUUCUCGCCGCCUCCAUCUUUCUACAUCCCGGCUUGUUGAUUGUGGAUCAUAUGCAUUUUCAAUACAAUGGCUUACUGUAUGGUAUCUUGAUUCAUUCUAUUGUGGAAGCUAAACGUGACAAUCUUCUGGGAUCGGGCAUUCUGUUUGCUGUAUUACUUAAUUUUAAGCAUAUCUAUCUUUAUUUGGCCCCUGCUUAUUUCGUCUAUCUUCUCAAAGCCUAUUGCUUUAUUCCCGGUCGAGACGGACAAUCACGCAUUUUUUCGAUUUCGCGCUUUCUUACACUCGGUCUAUCCGUCAUUGCCGUGUUUGCCAUCUCGCUUGGGCCGUUUAUUUACUACGACCAGAUUCCUGCUUUGAUUGGACGCUUGUUCCCUUUUACGCGCGGGUUAUGCCACGCUUACUGGGCACCGAAUUUCUGGGCGUUGUACGCGGGUGCUGAUCGGUUCUUAAUUCUCCUGGCCAAGAGACUUCAUUGGUCGAUCAAUGAAUCUGCGUUAAGCUCCAUGACGCGCGGAUUCGUUGGUGACACCAAUUUUGCUGUCCUACCGAUCAUCGACGCCAGCCAAACCAUGAUCAUUACUGUGAUUGUCCAAUUGGUCGUCCUUCAAGUGUUAUGGCGAAAGCCAACGUUUGAUCAUUUUCAGUCGUCAUUAACAUUAUGUGGAUUCGCUUCUUAUCUUUUUGGAUGGCAUGUUCAUGAAAAGGCGAUUAUGCUCGUGCUUAUACCUUACGGAUUAAUGGCUGCCAACAGUCGACUUCAUCUUCGGGUGCUCAUCAUCCUCAGUGGAGCCGGCAUAUGCUCCUUAUUUCCGCUUCUUUUUCAAGCAGCCGAAACUCCCAUCAAAAUUGGCCUGACACUGUUAUGGUUCGCGGCUGUGAUUCCCAGUCUUGCCCAUUCCUUGCACACACCUUUGAAAACGCUACUGUGUCCCCUGGAACGAGGUUAUUUGGUCGGGCUCGUUGGAUUGCAAGUAUACACCAGCGUUUUGCAUGAAACAUUGUUUGGCGCUCACAAGCUGGAAUUUUUGCCUUUACUGGUUACCAGUAUUUACUGUGCUAUUGGUAUAGUUUAUGGCUGGAUUGUAUUGAUGUACCACCAUUUAUGCAGCAGUUAGAUCAGUGGAAAGUUAAGAUCGAGGGCAGGGGUGGGCUUGGGGGAUGGGUAUCUGAGACCCAUGAUUUUCGAGCCAAUAAAAGGAAC